GGGCUUUAUUAUUAAAUCUUGUAACAAACAUUCACUUAAGCAGAUAAUGACGAGAUAAAUUAAGUUUUGUCCAAGCAGAUAAGGGAACCGAUUGACUGCCAAGUUACUGUGGAGCACUUUCCUCUUUUGAUCGCUCUGGCUGGCUUGCUUCGUUAGACCAAGUGUUCUUGUAGUCUAGACCACUAGUCUUCAUCUUCAUCAUCAACUCACACAGUCAUUAAUUCUUAACAAAUAUUGUCUUCAUUUAUUUCAAACAACAUUAUCGUGCACUUGUUUUUCUUCGAAAAUCCUCCACUAUAUUCCUGACAUGAAGGACAUCUACGAACAGUUUGAAAAAAAUGGCUUCGUAGUUAUGGAAGAUUUUUUGAAACCUGAGGAAGUAGAAGAAUUGAAGUCGUGUGGUGAAGAGUUUACAACCAACCUUCCUUCGGAAAAUGAACGAAAAAUCUUUAAUACCGAAGAAAUGCAACAGAACAAGGAUCGAUAUUUUUUGGAUAGCGCCAAUAAAAUCAGCUACUUUUUUGAAAAUGAAGCUCUAGAGAGCGAUGGAAAACUGAAAGUUCAUCCGCGAGUGUCUCUUAACAAGGUUGGUCAUGCUCUUCAUUGGCUGCAUCCAAAAUUCAGAAAAUACACUUUUGACGAAAGAGUGAAAGAAGUAGCAUUUCAAUUGGAUCUGCAGGAGCCUGCAGUUUGUCAGUCCAUGUACAUUUACAAAAAUCCUGGAGUGGGCUCCAAAGUAAUUGCGCAUCAGGAUGCGUCCUAUCUUCUCACUGAUCCUGUAAAAGUCGUCGGCUUCUGGAUUGCCCUGGAUGACGCAACCCAGGAAAACGGAUGUCUCUGGAUUGCUCCAGGCUCUCAUCUCAGCGGAGUACACAGACGUUAUGUCCGAAAUAAGGAUCCAAAGUCAGAGGAAUUGUUGAUAUACGACUCCCCGUCUCCAUGUUAUUCUCUGAGUACUUUUCGACCAGUGCCAGUCCGCAAAGGAACUUGCAUUUUAAUUCACGGUCUUGCGGUCCAUUUAUCAAAUCAAAAUCGAAGUGAAACUUCCAGACAUGCGUACACUUUUCAUGUCAUUGAAACUAAACAUGUGCAUUAUAUCAAAGACAACUGGCUAUCACCGCCUAAAGAAGGAUUCCCCUUUUUAUACAAAAAUUAGAAUUGCAUCGAGAGUAAAUUUCAGUCUCGAUGUUGAUUAAAACGAAAAUCGACUGUUAAAGGUACGGCUGUGUUAUACUUUUAUAAUCUCCAGUAAUAAUAAAUCUACUUGCAAUCACUA